AUGGCGUCACGAAGGACUCACAGGAAAUCCCGCGCUGGCUGUCGGGAAUGCAAGCGUCGGCAUAUCAAGUGUGACGAGGCGAGGCCGGUGUGCGCGGCAUGUUCUGUGAAGAGGCUCUCUUGUGUUUACGCCCUGGGCCCGGCCUCGUUGCCUGGUCAGCCAGUCCAAUCCGGGCGUGACAAUGCCUCUCCACCACGCUCGCCCUUGCCCCUGGGCUCGGCGUCUGUUGCCCCCUCGCCACACCUGUGGCGGCGCUCCCCGUCCCCGCCCCCGCCAUCAUCCUCGAUGCUCAGCGUGCCGCCGGCGGACAUGGCGCAGCUGGAGCUCUUCCACCACAUGUGCAGUCGGCAGCUCCCGCUGCCCUUGCCCAGCAGCGACGAGGGGAUUCUCUCGGCUGUGCUGGAAGCUGCCUUCUCCUCGCCCUGCCUCAUGAACGCACUCCUGGCUGUGUCAGCCCUGCACCUGUCACACGUCAGACCCGCGCAGCGUGCCUACUACCAUCACCGGGCAGUGCACCUCCACACGCACGCCCUGAGCAUAUUCAACCAACAGCGGCCCCGGGUCACUCCGGAGAACUGCGUGAGCCUGAUCGUCUUUGGCCAGCUCAUAAGUCUCCACGUGCUUUACGAGACCACCCUGGAUUGCGACGAGGACAAGUCCGAGGUUAAGCCGCUCAACCGCUUUCUGGAGUACCUCAAAGUCUACCGGGGCGUUGUGUUGAUUGCCAAGGAGGCGUGGCAGGCCCUCCUUCAGUCCAAGUUAAGAAGCAUCUUCGCGGCCAGCGCCGGCAUUGCCGAAUACAGGUCGAGCGCGGGCUCGCAGACUUCAGAGUUGCGAUCUAUCAUUUCCGUCAGUCGGGUCUUGGACACGGAGCAGAAACAACUCUGCCUUGAGGCCGUCGACAGGCUGCAGUGGGUUUUCAGUCCCUCGGACUCUCGCAAGAGCCAUAGCCCCUGGGGGGGGGAGGCUGGCGAGAUGCACAGCUUGGGACUGGUCCACGCUUGGCCUUGUCUGGCUCAUGAGGCGGUUCUGGACCUGUGGUGUAACAAAACCCCCGAGGCCCUGCUGAUGCUGGCAUACUACGGCGUUCUGAUGCAUCAGCACAGCCAUUUUUGGACUUUUGCGAAUGUCGGUCAGACACUCGUGCGAACCAUUGCGCUGUAUCUCGGCCCUGAUUGGCAGCAUUCCAUGGUAUGGCCGCUGGCCCAGGUGGGUCAAGGUCAGGACCGGCCGAUGAAGGAGGCUUAA